CCCUGCCCGUCAUGGUGGUGGUCCAGCUUUAUGCUGGUGCCCUGCAAUAUGAACGUCGUCUGCCAUCUCUUAAGCAUAGGCUUCCCUGCCCUUGAACUUCCCGGAAGGCCUUGGACCCUGAACAUCGUUAAACGGCAACAUCCCAUUGUGAUCAUCGCUACCGGACGCUGCUCUCUGCGUUCCUCUCCGCGCCUCAUUCUUUAACAUCAUAGUCCUGCAGACUCCUAGUCCUACCAUAAUAUUCUAAUCAUGGCCGCUACGACGUCAGACGUCGAGUACUCGGCGAAAGAUGUGGCUGCCCACCGCAGCGCCGGCGAUGGCUGGAUGGUCAUCAAUGGCGAGGUCUACGACGUCACAAAAUACAUCAACGACCACCCGGGAGGCGCCGAGGUCCUCCUAGAGUCCAUGGGUACCGACGCAACAGAAGCGUUCGACAAUGCUGGACACUCUGAAGAUGCCUUUGAGAUCAUGGCCGAGUAUCGCAUCGGCAAGCUCAAGGCCAACGGGCGCAGACCGGCGCCCAAGGCCGUCAGAGUCAACUCUAGCCCUAGCAGCAAGCCCGCAUCUUCCUCGGGGUCAAAAUCCACUUCCUCGCUCAUCUCCCCCGGCACAGCUCUGCUUUCUCUUGGUGCCGUCACUGCCGGGUGCCUCGGCUACUUCUACCGCUCUUCCCUUCCUGGCAGCGACAGCAUCUCUCUGUUGCGCGCCGCCGGCCAGACCAGCACAAGCGGCAAGAGCGGUAUGGGUUUCAUCCACGGCAUCAUGCUUUCAGCAAGCAUCUUUGUUGCCGUCGACGCCCUCAUCGUGAAGCGGGCCAUGAAGCUUCUGCAGCCCGACGAGGGCGGCUUCCUGAGGUACCCACCCCACAUGAAGGUACCGAAGGCCGUCGACGCGGACCUGCUGCUCCAGUCUGGCUGGCUCGACCCGGCGACGCCCAUGACCUUACCGCUCACCAAGAAGACGCUCAUCUCGCCAAACGUGUACCGCUUCACCUUUGAGCUGCCCACCCCGCAGACCAUCGUGGGCCUGCCGACGGGCCAGCACGUCGCCAUCACCGCGACCCUGCCCGGCACUGGCGAGGUCGUGACCCGCUCGUACACACCCGUCUCCAACAACUCUGACCGCGGCGUGCUCGAGCUCGUCAUCAAGAUCUACCCGGACGGCAAGCUCACCGGCCAGUACCUCGCGAACCUACAGGUCGGCGACGAGGUCAGCUUCCGGGGUCCUAAGGGCGCCAUGCGCUUCCGCACCGGCCCGGCCUCGCCCUCUAUCGCAUCGCCCAGGCAGCUCGGCAUGAUUGCCGGCGGCACGGGCAUCACGCCCAUGUACCAGCUGAUCCGGGCCAUCUGUGAGGACCCGCGGGACACGACACGCGUGUCGCUCAUCUAUGCCAACCGCUCGGUCGACGACAUCCUCCUCCGCGACGAGCUCGACAGCUUCGCGCGCAGGUACCCGCAGAAUCUGAGCGUGUACUACGUCGUCAACACGGCGCCCGAGAACGCCAAGUGGGAGUACGGCGUCGGCUUCAUCAACAAGGACAUGAUGGCCGAGAAGCUCGCCCCUGCUGUCGCCGCGGACGGCAAGGGAGACAAGAGCAGGGUCAUGCUCUGCGGACCUCCGGGCAUGGUCAAUGCCGCCAAGGCCGCGCUAGUCGAGCUCGGCUUUGAGAAGCCCGGCGCGUCUGCCAAGAUGUCUGACCAGGUCUUUGUUUUCUAGAUAGAAAAAAAGCGGUCGGAAAGCAACGGCGCCGACAGGGAGAUGUUCUGCGCAUGUGCUCGUGCGCGUGAAACCGAAACCUGGGAAUAGGAUGGAGCCAAAGGGAUUGUGUGCGUGCAGAAUUCCGUGUU